GCUUCAAGCGGUUCAGAUCGUUCGGUGUUCGUUUGUCAGUUGGUGAUCGAUUUCCUCCAAAAGCUAUACGUAGUGCUCUAGUGGUUGUUCUUCGCGAGGAGAACAUUGACCGCCGUCUGCACAAAAUGCCCGAGAAGGGAGAGCUGCAGCCUUCGGUUGCUCUUCAAACGCCUGCCGGCAACAACGUGAAGCAGCAUAACUUGAAAUCGAUGACGGUAACUUCCGUGCGGCCGGAGCUACCACUGUUUUCCAGCGACGACGAGAAAAAAACAAUCAAAAUCAAUGAGCUGCGGCGGCUAGUCGAAAACUGCGAUGACUUUGUUCGCCGGAGUGACGAUCUGUUUCUAUGCCGAUUCUUGAAUUGCUGCGACUGGGACGUCCAGGAAGCUUUCCAACGAAUGGUAAAGCUGUUCAAAUUGAAGCACGAAUAUCCAGAUUGGUUCAUCGAUAGGCCGUUAGUUUACUACAAAGAGGUGUUGAGCCGAAACAUCAAGUUCGUUCUGGACAAGCGGGACAAGAAUGGUCGACGAAUCUUCGUUACUAAAAUGUGCAAUCUGGAUGUCAACGUAACGUCACCCACGGACCUGGCCCAUCUGGACGAGUUGUGGUGUGAGUUCAUGCUGAAUGACCUGGAGACUCAAGAAAAGGGCAUUUCUUGUCUGAUCGAUAUGAGCGGGCUAUCGAUUAAGAGCUUGCGGUAUCUUACUCCAACGAACAUCAGAAUAGGAUCGCAGAAAACUGAUCUCCUACCGGUGAAGAAUAUGGAAUUUCACGUCAUCAAUUCGUCCGUCUUCCUUAAUGCUGCGGUGGCAAUCCUAUAUCCGAUGUUGAGUAAACAUAUUAAGGAUCGUGUUCACUUUCAUUAUUCGGAUUGGAAUUCACUGCAUGAGCAUUUAGGUAAGGAGGCUCUUCCGGCCGCAUAUGGCGGAACGAAUGGGGUAGACUUCAACUACGAUAUGUUGAUUAAACAGUUGUUGGAUUUGGAAGAUCACUACAACAGUUUGGUUAGGUUCGGAUGUGAACUCAAACCGCACGUAGAUCCAACUAAGUACGCCAAGUUGUUCCAAAACGCGGAUAAGUCAAAAACGGGCAAGAAAAAAAAUAAAAACAAAAAAGAAGUUGAACUUAUCGAAGAGUGAUAUUAGUUGUUAAGCAUAAAGAACUUUUAUUUUAGAAUAGAUACCAAAUUAUACGGGGUUAGUUACUUUCGUUGUUU